CUCGCUCGCUCGACAUGGCCUCGCGCGGAGGAAUCCACGCGCUUCUCAGGACUUUGCGCAGAACGAGCAGCUACGCGGCCGGGCGCGAGAUCAGACCCGGGCCCGCGUGCGUGCUCCUGCGGCUCGGCGCGCGCGCCCUGUCCGGCGACGCCGCGCUGUGCUCGCGCCCGCUGUCCGGCGAGACGCACGCGGAGCUGCUCGAGCUCUCCCACCGGGACCCGGACCGCUUCUGGGGCCGCGCGGCCAGGGACAGGCUCACGUGGGACCGGGACUUCGAGCGCGUGCAGGACUGCGACCUGCAGCAGGGACGGAUCCGCUGGUUCGUCGGAGGGAAGCUGAACGUGUCCGUGAACUGUCUGGACGUGCACGCGGCCAGAGAUCCGAACAGGGUGGCGCUGAUUUGGGAGAAGGACGAGCCGGGUACAGAGGAACGAGUCACGUACAGAGAGCUGCUGGAGAUGACCUGCCGGAUAGCCAACACGCUGAAGACUCACGGCGUGAGGAAGGGCGACCGCGUGGCCAUCUACAUGCCCGUGUCUCCUGUCGCCGUGGCGGCCAUGCUGGGGUGCGCGAGGAUCGGCGCGGUCCACACCGUGGUGUUCGCCGGGUUCAGCUCGGACGCUCUGGCGGGGAGGAUUCAGGACGCCCAGUGUAAGGUGGUCAUCACGUGUAACCAGGGGGUGAGAGGGGGUCGCCUCAUCAACCUGAAGGCGACGGUGGACGCGGCGGUCAAGUCGUGCCCCACAGUGAAGAGCGUCCUCGUGGCCCAGAGGACCAAUCACAGCGUGCCGAUGGGUGAACUGGACACGCCCCUGGAGGAGGCGAUGGCCAGGGAGUCGGCGGAGUGCCCCCCGGAGGUGAUGGACAGCGAGGACAUGCUGUUCAUGCUCUACACGUCGGGGAGCACCGGCAAACCUAAAGGAAUCGUCCACACUCAGGCUGGAUACCUGCUUUACGCCGCACUCACGCACCAGCACGUGUUCGAUUACUCGGCCGGCGACGUGUUCGGCUGCGUGGCGGAUAUCGGCUGGAUCACCGGGCACAGUUACGUGGUGUACGGGCCGCUCGCCAACGGUGCCACCAGCGUCCUGUUCGAGAGCACGCCGGUGUAUCCCGACCCAGGUCGGUACUGGGAGACAGUACAGCGGUUGAGGAUUAACCAGUUCUACACGGCUCCGACGGCCAUCAGGCUGCUCCUGAAGUACGAGGAGAGCUGGGUGAAGAGAUACGACCGGUCCUCCCUCAAAACCCUCGCUUCAGUGGGAGAACCCAUCAAUAAUGAGGCGUGGGAGUGGUUCUAUCAUGUGGUGGGAGAAGGACGAUGCCCCCUAGUGGACACCUGGUGGCAGACGGAGACGGGCGGCGUGUGUAUCGCACCUCGACCGGCGGAGGAAGGAGCCGAGAUCCGGCCGGCCAUGGCCAUGAGGCCGUUCUACGGCAUCCAGCCGGCUUUAAUGAACGAGAAGGGCCAGAUCCUGCCAGGAGGGGGCGUCAGCGGCGCCCUGUGCGUCGGCCAACCCUGGCCCGGCAUGGCCAGGAGCAUUUUCGGAGAUCAUCAGAGAUUUGUUGAUGCGUACUUCAAGCCUUAUCCUGGUUACUAUUUCACGGGUGACGGCGCGCACCGGACCGAGGAGGGUUAUUAUCAGAUCACCGGGAGGAUGGACGACGUCAUCAACAUCAGCGGGCACCGUUUGGGCACGGCCGAGGUCGAGGACGCGCUGGACGAGCAUCCGGACGUUCCCGAGUCUGCGGUGGUCGGGGUUUCUCACGAGCUGAAAGGAGAAGUGCCGUUCGCGUUCGUGGUGCUGAAGGAGAGCGCCGAGGAGAACCAGGAGGACGUGCUGAAGGAACUCGGACAACUGGUGGCCACCAAGAUCGCCAAAUACGCCGUGCCCGACCACUUCCUGGUGGUGAAACGUCUCCCGAAGACGCGCUCGGGGAAGAUCAUGAGGAGGAUCCUGCGCAAAGUGGCCAUGGAGAAGGCCGACGGUCUCGGGGACACGUCUACCCUGGACGACCCUGCCGUGGUGUCCGAGAUCGUCCAGGCGUAUCAACGGUACAAGAGCAGGACGGCGAAGGCGUGAAGAAGAGCCGGACUGUUUCUCGGGAUCGUACCUGAACCGUCCGAACCGUUUCUUUGGGAUUGAAUCUCAUAACGUCACGUUCUGGCGCUCUCCGUGGAGACCGGGAUCGAUUUAUCAUGAAGUUUAUUUUAGCAUUAACAUACGUACACGCUGUAGUUUUCAGAGUAACGCUGCAUUUUAUAAAUGCAACACAGAGAGACCGGUCUUGGUCCUAAAUCCUGUACUAACUCCUGAUUUGAGAACAUGUUGCCUUUGUUUUCUUACAAACUAGAGACUCAUUGAUUGUGACGACCUGAAUCUGGGUGGCUUCUUCUUGCUUUGUUUUGACCACAAUUAAUUUUUGAUUGUCUCUUUUCGGGCGGGGCCUCUAUUCUAUUUCUAUUUCUCACCAGGUCUGAUAAAUGUGGCGGUUCGUCCGGGAUCAGUCUAGAAAUAAACGUGAGCGUAAGCCGUCCUGAAAUAAAAAAACUAGAUUAUUAAUUCAGAGGGCCAAAAUAAAACCUCAAACCUGCGUCCCUCUCGAUUCCAGCUCUCGUCCUUCAGCCCGUGGCCUGGAAAUCCAUCAAACUUCCCUCAUCCUUCCACAAGCAAUAACAGAACCAAACUAACUGGUUUUAGGCUUAUUUGUAUUUUAUCUUGGUAUUAUUUCCUCGUGUCCUCAGAACUGAGCCGUUGGGAAUCGAGGGAAGGAAAUAGGACGAUAAAAACGGGACACGCCCGCUGACUUUUCCAGUUCCACUCAUAUGCGCCAUGCCAUAAGUGUCUUAUAUUAAUGAACCACGCUGCCACAUCAAUGGAAUGAAAUCACAUCAGGAACCACAAUAUCGAGAUCUAUCAGUAUCUGCACUCCAGUGAUCCAUCUGCUGCUCAAGGUUUCUCAUUUUGCUCAAUUACCAGACGUUCUGGCCAUAAGUAUGUGGACACCUGAUCAUUCCGGAGUAAGUAAAGAGCACUUGUAAGGUCGGGUACUGAUGUUGGACGAGCUGUUCGAUAGGGUCGAGGGCAACGGGUGUGACCAAACUGAUCAGAAAGGUCGUUCACAUACUUGCGCCACAUUGAUAAAACGUUAAUCUUGAUUAUAAUCAACUCCGUUAAUCAUAAUAAAUCAGACGUGUGAACGAUAAACACUAAGAAUCACUUGAAGUGAAACAUCAAAACACUCAAACAAAAGUACGACUUUAUAAAUCAUUAUAACAGUGCCUAUAACUUUCUGUAAUGCUUUAUCUUUUUAUAAGCACUAAUAAAGGAGCUCUAAUAAAAUAUCAUCAUCAAU